GGUAUCUGAAACCAUUUGGUCUGGAUGGAUAGGCUCUACUAAAUCUUGUUUCGACACAUUCUGUCCAACAUUCCCGCGCUCUGAACGCACACGAACGGUUAAAAAGCCGAAAGACAAACGAAUAAAGGCUCAAUUGAUCAAGGACUCCCGCCAAACGCGCGUGAGAGGGUCUGCAUUGCGAUGUUGUUUCAUCUCUAUGUUUUAACCCUCUCGGUCCCGCACCGAUGACGCUACCAUCAUGGAGGAGAAGAAGCUAUCUCUAAUCCACUGAGGGUAACAAAACUGCAUUAAACGACCGGCUCUAAAUCGCAUCGCAUCUUCUUCUCGGAAAAUCAAGGGAACCAAACGUACUGUUGAUAAACCCCGGAGGAACCCAUCGAGAUGAAGCAUUUCUUACGAGUGGUGACACAGUUCUUUGUGUUCCUGUACUGUAAAUGCCUCUGGCGGGGCCUGAAGUUUGUAGCCAGGAAGUUGACAGGCCGCUGCGAGCUGCAGCGCAUCUGUUACAACAACAAACAAGGAGCCCGCAGGACCCUGAAGAUCGAGUCCUCUCUGAAGUACUCCAAGAAUGAGCUGCUGCGCUCGGCCCUCAGUGUCCACCCGGACAAGGUGGAGAAGUCAAUCGAUGACAUCAUGGCCUUGAAGAAGAUCAACCCGGACACCAACCCACAGCUGGGCAUCUCGCUCCAGGCCAGCCUGCUCCAGGUGGUGGGCUACAGGAGUCUGGUGGGCGAGGUGGAGAAGCUCCGCAGGGAGCCCUACGACUGUGAGAACGCCCACCAUGAGACCCUGCUGAUGCAGCUUUGGAAGGAGCUGCGUCCCGACACGCCUCUCACCGGACGCAUCUCCAAGCAGUGGUGCGAGAUUGGUUUCCAGGGCAACGACCCGAAGACUGACUUCAGAGGCAUGGGCCUUCUGGGGCUCCACAACCUCCUGUACUUUGCUGAGCACGACAAAGCCAACGCUCUGCAGGUGCUCCACGACUCCCUGCAGCCCAAGCACAAGAGCUUGCCCAGCAAGGCCAGUGAGAUGAGCCCGUCAGAAUGGGAGCAGAAGAGCCUCGACAAAGCUAUCGGCUUUUCCUUCGCCAUCGUGGGGAUCAACAUCACGGACCUGGCGUACUCCCUGCUGGUGAGCGGGGCCCUCAAGACCCACCUGUACAAUGUGGCCCCUGAGCUGCCCAGCCUGCUGCACUUCCAGCAAACCUUCUGCUACCUGAUGCAGGAGUUCCACCGCUUCUGGACGGAGGAGGAUCCCGGGGACAUCAUGGAGUUCAACCGGAUCCGCUCCAAGUUCCACCGCCGGAUCCUGAAGCAGCUGAAGCACCCCGACACCGCGCUGUGCCCCCACUUCUCCGCCUCCGACCUCCACCUGGUCAACCUGUAAACUCUCCCCAACGCCACGGCCGACAACCGACCAACCAAAUGACCGAACCCACCCGACGAUUCCAUUAGUAGGCGGCACCCUCUUCUUCUUCCUUCUUCAUCCUCACCUCCCCCUCCCCAAGCCCUCCCAGCGAAAGGUCAUGUUACAUCACUGCCAGCCGGCCACUCCAGCCAGCACACACACACACACACGCACGCGCGCGCGCACACACACACCUACCACAUACACAUACACACAAACAAAUACACACACAUUUAUAUGCAGUCAACACGCACACGCAAGCACAAACACACAAAUCCCUCAAAACGGCCCUCUCCACUCUCUGCGAUAACCGCCUUGACACCAGCAUUUAGCGGAACGACCGGGGCGAUCGUACCCGAGGUACGUGAGGAUGUCACCACCACAUCCUUCAAUCUGUUAAUCUGCUAACGGGCUGCUUUCAUUGGCUCCUGACGUGAUUGAUGAAUGCACGGUCGCUUUCAGUAUCCAAUCAUGCGCUGUGGUAACCAAAUGCGUUCACGCUUGUUCAAACCAACCGACGAACCAACUUCUUUGUGAAUGAAUAUAUAUACUGAAUUCACCCCGUACAUUCUAAAUAUAGAGGGCUGAAGAGAUGGUCAGACCCUGUGAAAGGAGCCAACAGGACAGGCCCAAAGGUUCCCAGAAGGAAUUUGUAUUCAAAAUGAAUGGUUCUAUAAAAAGAUAUAUGUAUAUUUAACCAAGGCGUUGAUGUAUUUUCAUAAAUAUGUAAUCGAUACUUAGAUUUAGCUGUUGAGCGUUAUCUCACAAGCGUGUUUGUAAGAAUCACCGUCUCCCACAGUAACUGUUUUUGUUUUAUUUAUUUAUUUAUUUAAUUAGGAUUAUAUAUAUUUUUUAUUCUUUUACUUUAUUAGGACUUUGUACUAUUUAAGCAAUUCACUGCAUGACAACCAAAACCAUUGUAAUUCACAUAAGCCAGUUGUUGAAUGUGGAAAAUUUGGUCACAACGCUUUGCUUUUAUGGUGGACAAAAUAAUAUGUUUGUAAACCUUUAAAACAAAAACAAAAAUUGUAAUCAUCAAAAGAUCCCUGCUUAAAUAAUUGAAAUGCUUUUACACCAAAUUCAAUGUACGCAUUUGAAAUGUGUUUGGUUUUACAGGUUCACAAACUAUUGCCUCUCAUCAGAUCACCAUUAUGAAUGUUCUACACAAUUAUGAUUGUUUAUUUUUAUCUUGUUUCAUUCAUUGAUUGUGACAAUGUUGUUUUGGUAGCCAAAGCAAUAAUUGACAUUGAUUGCAGAGCACAUUUCCUCAAAUGUAUUGAUUUGCACCGUGUGCCUAUCGUAUUUGUGUCACUUGCAAAGCAUGUGGUUCAGAAAUAGCUUGCAUCUAAAAAGUCGAUAUGUCGUCUCUUUCUUGUCCACUGAGGUCAAUGUAAUAUAACAACCUGAUUUCCAUAAACCAUAAUUCAUCUGGGUUAUGCUUUGGGAAGAAGUUUAGUGCUUCAUCGCAGACACAGUGAACAGUUACUAGAUCCAGCCUCACUCUAAAGGUGUUUGCUCACAACAUGAAAAGGUAAGCACUGAGAUGUUUUAGAGGUAAUUUGGAUAAAACAAAGGAGGUAAUCCUUAGUGUUCCCUAACUAUCAAACAUGGUUUGCUUUAAAGUUUUAUUUAUUCUACUUAACUCUGGAUCACAGCUUUAAUUUAUGCACUGGAUAUUUUGAUGUAAUCUCAUCACAUGAAAUUUGUGUAUUCUAUGUAUACAUGAAUAUCUGUGUAUUCAUAUGGAUUUACUUUAUCUCUGCCACCACUAUGGUUCAUUCAGCUAAUGACGUUAACAUCUUGAAAUUGUAUCACCAUCAGCCUAAAAAAAUGUACACAAUUGAAUGCCAUGCUUGCACUGUUGAUUGUGUUAAACCGUAGUAUAUAUCUUUGUUACAUUUAAGUGAAUGUCAAGACUUCUUGUCAAGUGGAUUUGAUUCAGUGAAUGUUUACUUUCCUUUCUUGGUUUCGUCCCACUUUUGCUUUGUUGUGGUCAGCACUACACUGUUGUAAAAAGCAAUGCAAGCCAUUUCAUCACCACGGUAAAAGUCAUUCGUGCUAACCAAUAGUGUAAUAGGGUUAAUUUACUAACGAAGACGUAGACAAUAGAUACACGCUGCUGUAUAUAGACUGCUUGAAAAGUGCUCCAGUCUGCAUGAUAAGUGUCCACAUCUCUGCCACCUUGAGCCCGUUGUUCUGUGAGGUCACCAGACUGUUGACGCCACCCAGAUGUUAGUCGUGCGCUUCAGUUCUCUGUGCCGUGGAACAAGUACUUUCGAAAAACACAAUAAAAGGUCAAUAUGAGAUACAAAAACA